CUGUCGCCCGUCGUCGAGUUAUUCACACGCAGACGUUCUCGACGAUCGGACCAAAAUCCAAAUCCAAUCAUUUUGUACGACAAGUAGCCAAUUGGGUGACAAAAUCCUGAUUAACAGUGCUUUACGAGGAAUCCCACGGAAAACGCUCGCCAUCAUUAAAAGGGGGGAAACAUACGGCCGUGAUUUUGUUAAAUAAAAUAGUGGCUUGUCACUCUGAGGAGAUCAAGUUCAAAUGGUGAAAUAAAAACAAUGAUAAGUCAGUGCAAAUGAAUUGCAAAAAGACAAAAACUAAGCAGAAACUGAUUUUAAAAAAAUUCAAGGACGUUCUGAAAACAACAACAUUAAAGGCUUACGCUUUAUGGUUUUUUUUUCUAUGAACUACCAAUGGAUUAUUAACUAAGAUAAAAAUAUUGCAAAGCUCUAAUCUUUAAACCAUGCAUCGUCGAGGCGAAUAAAUUGUGAAAAAAGAUCGUCAAUUAAAAAAGCGUGAUUGAAGAAAGCGUUACAACGGCCAAUCCAAGUGAACACAGAUUCAAUUCUAUGUGUUUUGUAAUUGAAGAAAGGACAGUAAUUGAUAUUUUAAUGCUGCCAAACAGAUAGUAAUCAGCGCCAGUCCAAAAGUCAAUUUGAGUGAAAAAAUUUACCAACUGAGUAAUUAAAUUAACAGUUCCAUUCCUGAACAAAAAAGAACCGAAGAAAAUGGCGAAAUACUUCAUUGCUCUUGUGCUGUUGGUGUGCCUGGCCCUGGAGAACAAUAACAUUUACAAUCGCCUCCACGCGCGCUCACACCCCAGCUCCCGUGGCGACAUCCUGCGCCCGCACCCCAAGCACCAGCCCCAUCCCCUCGUGCAGCACACCUCGCAACAGCUACAACAGCAGCACCACAUCCGCCAAAAGAGAUCACGGCAGCUGAAGCAUGCCGAACCGGAUCCAACUAGCGAGGAGGACGAGGCACCGAUCAGCCAGGAGGAGUAUUACGCCAGGCUAAGGCGACAUGUCCUGCAUCAGCAGGAGCACCUGAUGGAGCAGGAGCGUAGCUAUAAUCACCAUGCCCCGGAGCACAUGCCCCUGCCCCAUUUGUGGCAGCUGCUGCUCGAGCAGGACGAGAAGGACUACCGCAAGCAGAAUCCCAUCGAGAGCGAGGACUAUCCCCGCAUGUUCGGUGAUGCCCCGCAAGUUCCAUCCGCUUCGUCUGACGAUCUAUCCGAUCUGGACUUGACGCCACUGGAAUUCGCCAGAAACGAAUUAUUGGCGGAGGACCGCAGGAACCAGCUGGAAGAUGAGCUGGAGCGGAAUCAGGAGAAGGAGCAGGAGCAGGACAUAGAACCUGAGCCCCCAGUAGUACCUGAUGCUCAUUUGCUGGAGAAGAAUAUCACCAUAUCAGUGAAAUCCAGUGGCGGUGGCUGUCCCAAAUGCGAGAGCAAUCGCCAAGUGGAGACCAUAACUGAGGAGCAGUUGACUCACCUCCGCAUCGAGUUCGUGAAACAGCAAAUCCUGGAAAAGCUACGCCUCAAAGAGAGCCCGAAGGUUGCUGCCGUGGAGCUCCCGAAACCCAUUUUCGAGGGUGUGACUCUCUCCCAUCCCGAUGACUCCACCAAAAACAAGGAACUGGACGACUACUAUGCACGCACCAGCAAAAAGUUUAUACUGCUCAAUAGAGAGCACGUUGAAUGCCAGCGCAUGGGCUCGAAACCGUCGAUGUGCUUCAGUUUCAAGAUCGAUGAUCCCAAUACCGAAGGCUUCGAUGUCAGCACCGCCGUUCUGUGGCUCUACAAGAACAAGCAGAACCGCACCACAGUGGUGGAAGAAGGCCCCCAGCUGAACGGCACCCAGAAGCAGCAGACAAUCGUGGUUUCUGAGGUGGAGGUGGAGCAACAGGAAGACUCGAAGUACUUGCCAGUGGCCAAAGCCAUUGCCAUUCAAUCGGUGGAUGCGCAAGAUGAGUGGAUGAAAAUCGACAUUGAAUGGCCCAUCAAACGUUGGAUUGGCAGUCACGAGCUGAGCCAUCUCAUCCACAUAUCCUGCGAGUCCUGCGACGUCAGCAGCAUGGAGGAGAUCAUUUCAGUUGACAAGGACUAUCGACCAUUCAUCAUGAUCGAUACACAGAGCAGGCGGACGAAAUCCCGCCAGAAGCGAAGCAUUAAUUGUUCCAGUGGCGUCACUGAGUGCUGUCGCGAGCAGCUGUACAUCUCCUUUAAGGAGAUUGGCUGGAGCAACUGGAUCCUGCAGCCAGAGGGUUACAAUGCCUACUUCUGUAGGGGAUCCUGCAGCUCGGUGGCGAGCGUAACGCAAGCGGCUUCUCAUCACAGCUCCUUAAUGAAAAUUCUAUCGACGAACAAUGCAAACAAGUCGCUAGAGUUGGUGCCUUGCUGCACCGCCAAACAGUAUUCCUCGCUGCAGCUGGUCGUGAUGGACUCGAGCAACACGGCCACGUUGAAGACCCUGCCCAACAUGGUAGUGGAGUCGUGCGGCUGCAGAUAGUCGGUGUCUGGACCAGAUCACACUAGUUCCGCCGGCUAUCAACCACUUACAUAUCGGACAAAUUAGACGUAGCUUUCACUCCAUUUCACUUAGUGCUUAGAUCCAUUUCUCUUCAAUUAAUUUAAACUCAUUUUCAAGGCAUUUACAUUAGUGUUAUUUAAUUAAUGAUAGUUAUCCUAAGAGCAUGUGCUGCCAUUUGUCUUAUUUGCAAUUAAUUAAAGCCUUCACAUAAAGCUAAUGUAAAAGGUACUUAAGCGCUCGAAGUAUAUAGGAAGUUAGUAACUAGCUCAAAUCAAUUAGGAAUAAUGUUAGUUAACUAAUAUAGUUGGAUUGUGAAAUAGGCGUAUUUAAUUAUUGAUGAUGAAACAAGAAUAGAAAAUCUGAAAAUAAAAUUUAUUUGAACAAAAAUUA